AUGCCUUGUAGCGCACCAGAUUACUGCGGCUGGGGCGCGAAGCGGGGCAGCAAAGUGCGUUCGUGGAAGAACCGGUACUUUGUGCUGCGUGGUCGCGAGUUGGUCUAUUAUUCUGGCGCCAAGAGCGACGGCAGCGGGGAUGGCGUGGACGAGCGAGGUCGUCUGAAGGUGGUGAAUGUGGACUAUUCGCCCGACCGGAAGAACGGAUUAUUAAUUGUUGGAGACAAUCGGAAGAAAGAGUUAAUGAUGACAACGGCCAAUAUCGAGGAAAGUCGCGUGCUUUUUCGCAAAAUUAAAGAAAUUAUUGGCGAACACGAGACGAGUUUUCGACAAGUGACGGCACGAAAGUCGCUGGAAGACUCGGUUGACAAGCAAGGAUGGCUGCUAAAAACGGAUCUGCAGUCCGAUCCGACACGGCAGCGCUGUUAUGUGGUGCUGCGUGGCAAGACAAUUGAGUUUUACACCGCACCAGAUGCUGCUCUGAUUGAUGUCCAGACGGUCGUGAAGGUCGAGGCCGAUGCGAGCAGUUUGUUGUCAUUGAGACUCAUUGCUCGAAGGGGCAAAAUGGUUCACGUGGCAGCGGAAUCGAGGGUCGAGAUUGAUGACUGGGAUCGAGCGCUUGCAGCCGCUUUGAGUUUGCCGUCGGUGCUGACGGAAGAAGCUGGAGACCGAGACAGUGUAAUUGCAGAUGAGACGGAGAUUGUAGGUCGACAAUGCUCGACAGCAGUGUGUGAAGGCUGGGUGGAGAAGCUUGGACAACGCAGUAAAGUGUGGAAGAAGCGAUACAUGUCACUGGCGAGCGGGAUGCUCGAGUAUCGUAAGGGACCCAUCGAGCAAUUAUCGGCAGAAUUGUGCGUGACGGAUGUCCGAUACAGCAGCAGGUACUCGAAUGCACUAGUGAUUGGGUUCGGCUCCAGCAAAUCACCUAGUGACAGAGGCACUAUUUGCGUACGUACUGAGUCAACUCAAGACUUGGACGAGUGGAUGCGCGCACUAUGCGAUGCAGUAGGAAAACCACAAACUAAAGGGUUUUUUCGACAGUCGUCCUUGCUGGCGAGGAAGCGUGGAUCGAGUAAGCCGCAGCUACCGCCUUUUCCAAGAAACGUAUCCAUGCACCAAGGCAACGAUAAGUUUGGUGCAACCUCUAGUGCACAAGUUUGUGCCGUUGGUGAUCACGUGAAACGUGGGUGGUUGUAUGAGCAAGGUAGCGGUUCGUCGUCGUGGAUGUUGCGGUACUUUGUUCUCCGCGGAAAUGCUCUCUACCACUACGAGCAUGUCAACGGGACAUCUGAGACGCUUGGAAACGUGGCCAGUGUCAGUCAUAACCUUGAACCAAUAGGAUCAAUAGGUGUUCGAUUCGACGAUGGACGGAGCCUGAAUGUCUAUGGCGAAACGAAAGCUGAUACUAAUGCGUGGUAUGCUGUUCUUUGCAAGGUUGUAUGGGACUUUGAAGGGGAAACGGUGAAGGACCAAAUUGUCCUCGACCGAGGAGACGAAGAGUUGUACGACGACAACAGUUUCCGCGGGUGGCUUUUGAAGAAAGGGCAAACUUUUAAAACUUGGAAACGGCGGUAUUUCGUGCUUGAAAGGAGCCGUCUCGCAUAUUCUGCGGCUGCUGGUAGUGAGAUUUUGGGCUCUGGUGUGGUAUUUGAAGUAGACGUGGGAGACCUUCGUCCAUUUUGUCUCAAUAUCCGAUUCCAGAACGGCCGAUUGCUGCACGUCGUGGCGCCAACCCAAGAAGCAUUUUCGAAAUGGCUUGACGUGCUAAAGAAAGCGUCUAACUUGGCCGAGUCAUUUUUAUCACAGAGCAAUGGAGUAGCUGUCAUCGGGGAAGAAUUUGACAACGAUGUAGAAGUGGGUGAAAAUGUGAAUGACGUCGGUGUGGAGUUCACUGCCGAUGACAUCUCUGAGUAUGAAACUAUUCUUCGUGACGGUGGCGGGGCCUCCUCGUGGAUUGCAGCUAUGCAGAACCAACCUGAGUUCGACGCACUUAGCUCGUCGUCUUCUGACGAAUAUGACGAAGCGGAUGAGGUUGAGAAUGUUUCUCGAGUAAGUGAAUCGUCUCCGACAUCUGUGAAUGAAUCGGUUGGCUGUGUAGGGUGGCUAAGAAAGGAAGGUGGGAAUGUCAAGAGCUGGAAACGACGGUACUUUACGCUGUACGGGGCAAAGCUGAGCUACUACAAGUGUGAAAAGGGUUCUCUUUUGCGUUCUAUGGAUGUUGUCGGUGUCACCGUGCAUCCAUCCAUGCCUAAUGGACUAAUGGUAGCUACAGCUAGUGGUCGAAAGCUAAUAAUCCAGGCUGACACAAACGUCGAGUUCGAUCGAUGGUUUACUGCGAUUCAAAGAGCUGCGUCGAGAGGACACGACCGAAGGUCGACGGUAUCGACGGCGCUGUCGAUGACUGAUUUUAUGGAAACCGCAUCGAGUGAGGAGGUGGUUACUCACAGUGGAUGGUUGCAGAAGGAGGGCCAACGGUUCAAGACUUGGAGAAAGCGUUUUUUUACUCUAAAAAAUCGUGCUCUGAUCUACUAUACCGAGAUUGGUGGUGCCGCACGCGGGCACGGAAUGGUGAAAGGUGCUUACCAGGACAGUUCUAGGCCCCACACCCUAGUGAUCGAGUUCCGUAGCGGCAAGACGAUGCGCGUGACGGCUGCGAGUGAAGCGAAAAUGAAUGCAUGGCUCCAAGUGUUUUCAAAAGUCCGUUGUUCGGGUAGCGAGGCAGUCGAUGGCAGUGACGUUACGGAUGUGGUCGACUCUGACGAAGAAAGUGAUAUUGGAAGGGAUGCAGCGCGUGUUAGUCGAUUCAACGCGAGCGAUUACCUCAAUGAUACAAUCAGCAAUGAUACGUUCAUGCGGCUUUGCGACGCAGAAGGAAAAGCGACGCUUUUAGAACCUCGCAACGAUGCGAUGAACACUUCUCGUUCUUUUAAGGGCGAGUUGACCUUUGACGAAGAGGAGGAGGAGAAAGAUGAUAUGAUGCUUAGUACUGCCGACGCAGACUACUACCGCAAAUUGCGUGCUGAAGAUGAGCGAAUUCAGCGUUUAGAGGAAAAGGUUGCUAGCGGAGGAGCUCCGAUUACUGGGUGUGCUCCAUGCUGCACUGUGAUGUAG